AUGGACCCCAACCUCACCGCGCCCGUGGUCGGUGGUGACUGCGACCUCUACGCCCACCACGGCACGGCCAGGGUGCUCAUGCCCCUGCACUACUGCGCCGUCUUUGCCAUCGGGCUGCUGGGCAACGCGCUGGCCCUGGUGGUCAUCGUGCAGAACCGCAAGAAACUCAACUCCACCACGCUCUACUCCACCAACCUGGUGGUGUCGGACAUCCUCUUCACCACGGCCCUGCCCGCCCGCAUCGCCUACUACGCGCUGGGCUUCGACUGGCGGCUGGGCGAGGCCCUGUGCCGGGCCACGGCACUGCUCUUCUACAUCAACACCUACGCGGGUGUCAACUUCAUGACCUGCCUGAGCGUGGACCGCUUCGUGGCCGUGGUGCACCCGCUGCGCUACAGCAGGAUGAAGCGGGCGGAGCAGGCCAAGGGCGUCUGCGUGGGGGUCUGGCUGCUGGUGUUCGUCCAGACCCUGCCGCUGCUCGUCAGCCCCAUGUCCAAGCGCGAGGGCAACCGCACCACGUGCAUGGAGUACCCCAACUUCGAGGAGACGCCCGCGCUGCCCUGGGUGCUGCUGGGCGCCUGCCUGGUGGGCUACGUGCUCCCGCUGGCCAUCAUCCUCUUCUGCUACUCCCGCAUCUGCUGCAAGCUCUUCCGGACCGCCAAGCAGAACCCGCUGAGCGAGCGGUCGGGGGUCAACCGGAAGGCGCUGCACACCAUCGUCUUCAUCAUCGUGGUCUUCGUGCUCUGCUUCACGCCCUACCACGUGGCGCUGGUCCAGCACAUGGUGCGGAAGCUGAGCACGCCGGGCCCGCUGGGCUGCGGCCCCCGGUACUCCUUCCAGCUGGCCCUGCACGUCACCGUCUGCCUGAUGAACUUCAACUGCUGCAUGGACCCCUUCAUCUACUUCUUCACCUGCAAGGGCUACAAGCGCAAGGUCAUGAAGAUACUCAGGCGUCAAGCGAGCGUCUCCAUCUCCAGCGCCGCGCGCUCGGCCCCCGAGGACAACUCGCGAGAGAUGACGGACACCCAGACCAUGGUGCACUCCAAGUCUCUCAACGGCGGCAAGUGA